AUGAGUAUGGGACUUAGUGAGCUUAUUAAGCGAGAGAUUGAGAAAAAACGGAAAGAAGCAGUUGCUACUAAAGAGAAAGUACAAGAAGAGGAAGAAGACCUCGGCGGCAAAGAUGAAAAGCCAUCGAAAGAGACAAAUUUAUCACAGAUAAAAGAUGAUAUACCUAUUGAUCCUAGUGAAGAUUUAGAUACUACAAAGAAGAGAUAUAAUGAUGAUGAAUCCCUUCUGGAUAUACGUGCAAAGAAAAUAGCAAAAAUCAUUUCAGAAGAAAAGAAAACCCCUAUGCAAGUGAACAUUCUUAUUGAAGACAUUCAAAAUUUAGAUAAUGAGACUAUACGAAAGAAAGUGUCCACACAAUGUAAUAGAUAUAUUCAUCAGAUAUUAACUCAAUGGUCCAAACAUGUAAAAGCCUAUCAAGAUGGAGAAUCAAUGUUUGUAGAUACUAAAAAAAAUUUAUUUCCUUUACUUGUAUUAUUAAGAAAAAAUACACUUCCAAUUAAAUUACUUACUACUUUAAGUAGUCUUUUAUAUCACUUACAACGUGACACUAAGAUAGAUAUGGAAUCUAGUUUACAACUUUAUUUGAAAUUAAGUAUUGGUGAUGUUGCAUGGCCUAUUGGUGUUAGUGAUGUUGGUAUUCAUUCAAGAUCCGCACAACAAAAGAUUAGUAGAUUUGGUAAUAAUGAUGUAGCUAAUAUUAUGAUAGAUGAAACAACUAGAUUAUGGAUUAUUAGCAUAAAAAGGUUAAUAAGUUUUAAAUCGUGGUUACUUAAACAAAAAUCAUGA